GCCACACACACAUAUACAUAUAUAUAUAUAUAUAUUCAUAAUACAUUUUACAUCAAAGCAAGUUGUUUGAUUUUCUCUGCAAUGACUAUGGCUAUGGCUAUGGCUGCACCUUUAUUUGCUUGGCCAUGGGAAGGCUUAGGCAGUUGCAAGAUUGUGAUGUACGUGAUGUUUCUGGGCAAAGCAAUGCAGUCCAAGUACCAAGGGGAGUCCAUGAAAUUAGGCACUUGGUGUUUACACAUGUUCAUCAUUUGUAUGCUGAGGCUUCUGAUCCAUCAAUCAUGGUCCUCCUACACCAACAUGCUCUUUCUAUCUCGCAAUCGUCGCAUUAUCAAGGAAGGAGUUGAUUUCAACCAAAUUGACAAUGAAUGGCACUGGGACAAUUUCAUCUUACUUCAAGCUAUAAUUGGUGCAUUCAUCGUUUUGUCAUCACCAAGCAACCAAGCGAUUCCCUUAUGGAACAUAAAGGGCAACAUGGUUGCAAUAUUGCUGCAUAUCACGGCUUCGGAGCCUCUUUUCUAUUACAUUCACAAAUGCUUUCAUGGGAGCUAUCUUUUCUCCCAUUACCAUCAUCUCCAUCACUCAUCGCCUGUACCACAGCCCUUUACAGCUGGACAUGCAACAUUCUUGGAACACCUUUUAUUGACAGUAGUGAUCGGAGUCCCAAUUUUUGGAUCAUUCACAGCUGGUCUUGGAUCCUUGAGCUUGAUCUACACCCAUGUUUUGGCUUUCGAUUUUCUCCGAUGUUUAGGACAUUCUAAUGUGGAGAUCAUUCCUCAUCGAAUAUUUGAACUCAUCCCAUUUCUCAAAUAUGUCAUCUACACUCCAACGUAUCACAGCUUGCAUCAUGCAGAAAUGCACACCAAUUAUUGCCUUUUCAUGCCCCUUUUUGAUGCACUCGGAAACACACUGAACAUGGACUCGUGGGAACUUCAUAGGCAGAACAGCAACAAUUCAUCAGGUGAAAAUGCAAGGGUGCCGGACUUUGUGUUCCUAGCCCAUGUGGUAGACAUGUCAUCCGCGCUGCAUGCGCCUUUUGUAUAUCGAUCCGUCGCAUCUCUUCCUUACUACACAAGAAUUUACCUGUUGCCAAUGUUGCCUGUCUCAUUUUUUGCCAUGUUAUUCAUGUGGGCAAAGUCCAAAACAUUCUUGGUCUCUUUCUAUAACCUUAGGAAUCGGCUACACCAAACAUGGGUUGUUCCACGCUUCGGAUUCCAGUACUUCUUGCCAUUUGCCGCACAAGGAAUCAAUAGACAAAUAGAAGAGGCGAUUCUACGAGCCAACAAAUUGGGCGUCAAAGUUAUUAGCCUCGCGGCUUUGAAUAAGAACGAAGCUCUUAACGGGGGUGGAACGCUCUUCGUCAACAAGCAUCCGGAUCUUAAGGUUCGUGUGGUGCACGGGAAUACCUUAACAGCAGCGGUGAUUCUCCACGAGAUCCCGGAAGAUGUAACUGAGGUGUUUUUGACGGGAGCCACAUCGAAGCUUGGUAGAGCUAUUGCCCUAUACCUUUGCCGUAAACAAGUCCGAGUUCUUAUGUUAACUUCAUCGAGGGAACGCUUUCGCAAGAUCCAGAAAGAAGCACCUGCUGAUUGCCAAAACUAUCUGGUGCAAGUGACUAAGUACCAAGCGGCACAAAACUGUAAGACAUGGAUAGUAGGCAAAUGGAUCACACCGAGAGAGCAAAACUUCGCGCCACCGGGAGCCCAUUUUCACCAAUUCGUUGUCCCUCCAAUAUUGCACUUCCGGGGGGACUGCACUUACGGCGAUCUCGCUGCCAUGAAGUUACCAGAAGACGUUCAAGGGCUAGGAUCAUGCGAGUACACGAUGGAGAGAGGAGUGGUUCAUGCUUGCCAUGCCGGCGGAGUGGUUCACUCGUUGGAAGGAUGGACACACCAUGAAGUUGGGGCCAUAGAUGUCGAAAGAAUUGAUCUCGUCUGGGAGGCUGCACUCAAACAUGGCUUUAAACCUGUCUGAAACCAACUCCAGAUCACAUUCACAUCAGCUAAUAAUAUAUAUAAUUAUUGAAUAUAUAUAUAUAUAUCUAUCUUUAAUUUGUAUGUACGAGUGUAUGUAUGUCAAUGUGUGUGUAUGUAGCAUUGAGAAACAACAUACUGUAUGCUUUUGA